CCUGCCACUGCUACUGGGCAAUCAAGACUUGGGGCUGAAGCGUCCAUUUGCAAAGCACAAUUUUGUCUCGUGCGGAGAUAAGACAACAAAAAUGCCUACAAAGUUAUAUGUAGGGAAUUUAGUAGAAAAUGUUGAAAAGCAUGAUCUUCAGUCUUUGUUUGAUGAAUAUGGAACAGUUACAGAAUGUGCUAUUAUAGGAAACUAUGGUUUUGUGCACUUUGAGAGUGAAGAUUCAGCCAAGGCAGCUGUUAGUGCUUUAAAUGGAAGUGAUUUUAUGGGAAGAAAUUUAAAAGUUGAAGUUUCAAGAAGUGUUCAGGGAUCUAGAGGAGCAAGAGGUAAAACCACCAAAGUUUAUGUAGGUAAUUUACCUGAAGGGACUACUAAAGAGGAUCUUAGUUCUAUGUUUGAAAGUUAUGGUAUUAUAGUAGAGUAUGAUGUUAUUAGAAACUAUGGCUUUGUGCAUUUUGCUACAGAAGACCAGGCUCGUUUAUCAACAAAAUUAAAUGGUACUAAAUACCAGGGUAAUGUUCUACGUGUGGAAAUAUCCAACAGCAAAAUGAGACAGAAGCCAGGAAUGGGCAACAAAGAUGGCUGUUUCAAAUGUGGUAGAUUUGGUCACUGGGGAAGAGAUUGUCCAUCGGACAUGCGAGGAGGAGGUGGGGGAGGCAGACGAGGUGAUCCCUAUGGUAGACCACCCUAUGGACGUGAACCCUAUCGGGGUGGAUCUUAUGGUGAUCCCUAUGAUGAUUACUACAGAGAACCAUAUGCACGACCCCCUUACCCUGGUGAUAGAUACAGGCCUUACGAAUCGCCUUAUGAUAGAAGACCACCAGUAACUAGAGAGAGUUAUGGUAGAGAAAGUAUGUAUUACAGAGGAAGAGAGAGAGAGGGUUAUGGCCGACCUCCGCCAGAGUAUUACAGCAGAAGACCAGGAGGAUCUGCACCAGGUUAUUCCCAGUCUGGAGGUUAUGAUGAGUAAGGAUUUCACAACUGACUCUUUUGAUAGAAGAUAGAAGGAAUAUUUUAAACGGAUGAUGUUCUAUACAAAAUAAAGCAGACCCCGUUCUCAUUUCUCUAAAUGGGCAAGCAAGGUGGAAUGGGGAGGUCUAUGGAUAUUUUUGGAGUGAAAUGGUGUAGCAUUCUGGACAAAUAACAAAAUAUAUCCGAAAACAAUCCUAUGCACACAUAACAUUUCAAUUAUAAUAUCACUCCUGUCAUGGACCAUAUCUGUUAAAUACGUUCCAUGCAUCUGCCAAUUUUAACAUAAAUACUCUUGAUGACGAAUAGCUUGAAGACUCUGUGAAUCGGGUGAAGCAUUCGCCUAGUGUGUGCACCCAUUCGGCCAAAUAAAAUUCGGCGACUAUUUAUUCACCGCUUAAAUGGAAAAUGUGGAUGUCUUUGCUGAAGAAUCAAAUCAAAUCUGAGUAGAAUGGGGCAUAACUCUUGUUUUGCUGCAGGACCAAAUUGCAUUUACUGAUUAAAAAAUUUUAAGAAAAGAUCAUGGCCUAGUGAUUUUAUUGACAUAAGAAAUGGGUUACAUCACCAGUAACAAUUAAACCUGAUAGAUAUUGGUCUAAUAAAGAUGAGUUGUUUAAGAAGAAACCGUGGUACUAAGAAUUGUAAUUGAGUAAAUAUUACUAGUGUUGUAUGUAAGAAAACUUGUGCAGAAAGAUUUAUAUUUUCAGCAUAAAACUGAAUAAUGAAGUGUAAAAAAAAGUUUGAUUCAUAACAUGUUUUUGUAUCAAAUAAACAAUUUGAAAUA